CUACGCUGGAACCAGCGUUACUGGACAGUGCGGAGGCAAGUCGUCCUGUAACAGGAGAGACACCAAAGAAUGUGGAUAAACCUUUUGUGAGACAGCACAAACGGUAGGCCCGCAUAAACUGAUGGAGGUGCAGGACCAGGAGUCUGUGGGGAGAUGGGACAGGCUGGGGAGCCGGGAUCCCAGCUCCAGAGCUGAUGCGAUAGAGAACAUCUGCCAGGAGGUCAUGCGGAAAGUGGAAACCAUUGGGCCCAUACCGCCGGUGGCCCCUCUGUCCCUGGCUUCAGGGAGUCCUCCAGGCAACGAUCUGAAUGAUAUCCUGGCCCAUGUCCUUAUGCUCUCCAGACGGUGUCCCUUUGAAGAUGUCAGGGAGCGUUGCUCUCAGCUUCUGCAAAACAUCCAGGACUUGGGAAUACGGAUCCCAAGACCUCUGGGUAACGGACCAAGCAGAUUUAUCCCUGAAAAAGAGAUCCUCCAAAUCAGUAAAGUGGACUCCAGGACUCAAUCGAUAUUUGAGGAUGCGUUUGCAGCCCUCGGCCGCCUGGAUAACAUUUCCCUCGUGAUGGGUUUCCAUCCACAGUACCUGGAGAGUUUUCUCCGGACGCAGCACUACCUGCUGCAGAUGGACGGACCCCUGCCUUUGCACUACCGACACUACAUCGGCAUCAUGGCAGCAGCCAGACACCAGUGUUCCUACUUAGUCAACCUGCACGUCAACGACUUCCUUCAGGUUGGGGGAGAUCCCAAGUGGUUGAACGGCCUCUUUGAAGCCCCGCAGAAGCUGCAGCAGCUCGGAGAGCUCAACAAAAUCCUGGCCCACCGACCGUGGCUUCUCACCAAGGAACACAUUGAGGGUCUUCUGAAGGCCGAGGAGCACAGCUGGUCUCUGGCAGAGCUAAUCCAUGCCGUGGUCCUGCUCACACACUACCAUUCCCUCGCCUCGUUCACUUUUGGCUGUGGCAUCACACCCGAGAUCCACUGCGACGGUGGGCACACGUUCAGACCCCCUUCCCUUAGCCAGUACUGCGUGUGCGACAUAGCCAAUGGCAACGGUCACGCUAAUCACCAUGACGAUUUGCUCGGCAAUCAGGACAUGUGCGGUGAGGUGGAGGUGCUGAUGGAGAGGAUGAAGCAGCUGCAGGAGUGCCGCGACGACGAGGAAGCCAGCCAGGAGGAGAUGGCAACCCGCUUCGAGAGGGAGAAGACGGAGAGCAUGCUGGUGGUCACAUCAGAGGACGAGGAGUCAGCCCCCCCGAGAGACAUCUCGCGCCACUUUGAGGACCCCAGUUAUGGCUACAAGGACUUCUCCAGGAGAGGGGAGCAAGUACCCACGUUCAGAGCGCAGGACUACAGUUGGGAGGACCAUGGCUUCUCUCUGGUCAACCGACUCUAUCCUGACGUCGGACAAAUGCUGGACGAGAAGUUUCACAUGGUCUACAACCUGACCUACAACACCAUGGCUACACACAAGGACGUGGACACCAGCAUGCUGCGCAGGGCCAUCUGGAACUACAUACACUGCAUGUUUGGCAUCAGGUAUGAUGACUAUGAUUAUGGAGAGAUCAACCAGCUCCUGGACCGUAGCUUUAAGAUCUAUAUUAAGACCAUCGUGUGUAGUCCUGAGAAGACCACCAAACGAAUGUAUGAGAGUUUCUGGAGGCAGUUUCAGCACUCCGAGAAGGUUCAUGUUAAUCUGCUUCUUAUGGAAGCGCGAAUGCAAGCAGAACUGUUAUACGCUCUGAGAGCGAUCACUCGCUACAUGACAUGAAAUGCUCUGGGCCUUGUUCUCAUUGUCCCAUUUUUAUUUUAUUUUUUCUUUCUUUUUAAAUUUUACAGUCAUCAUUGCUGGGACAUUUAAAGAAAAUAAAUCAAAAAUGGGGAGGGUGGGGGGAUGUUCAAUUAAAAUUGUGGAAGAGAUGCAUUGAAGAGAGCCCGGUGUUGUGACGAGGCUUUGCUGGCUGGAUGUUGAGAAGAAGAUCAGAACAAAUGGAGAGCAAGAAAAUGACUGUUGGGAGAAAAUCUCAAACUACAUAAGUGGAUCCACGAACUGUUUGUUGCCUGCAGUGCCAAAACUGACCAAGAGAGGGCAACCUUGAGCCAACUCCUGCCCUGCAACACCUGAGGCAUCCGGGGGACUAGUUUCAGUAUUGCAGCGUACGGCAAUCUCACCUGUUUCCUGGUGGAGUGAAUACCCAGAAAGAAAAGCUGUGCAGCCAGAAACAGUCUGCACUUUGAUUCUGUCGUUACUGUUAUGUGUUUUAGUUUCUUGAAUACCUUUUUUUUUUUUUUUUUUUGUAUUACGAGAAGUUGUUGUCCUUGUGGUUGCUGUUGGCGGUAACUGGAGAUAGACGCAAACUUUUUUUUUUCCUUUUUUUUUAAAACAAAAAAAAACAAACAAACGUGUGCCUGAACUAUCCAGCACAGUGUGCAUACGUGCUGAUGCUGCUGCUCCCAUGUUGUAUUCAGUGGGGUCAUAUUGAUCCCCAAAAUCACCUCCCCACCCCCCACUAUAUGAGCCCCUGUCCAUUACAAAUCCACUGCAUUACACCCCUUCCUUCCUCUACCUUGUAGCUAAAUUUCCAAUGUCAAUGUAAGCUAAUCCGAAAGUAUGUGUGGAAAAUAAGAACACUGUCUGAGCCCUGUGUGUGUGUGUGUGUGUGUGUGUGUGUGUGUGUGUCUCUUUCACAGAGAUGAUGGAGAGAAAGGGGGGGGGAAGUACGUCUUGGAAUUUCACGUCUCAAAAAAAAAAAAAAAAUAAGCGAGGCACUUUGAAGGAAGACUUCUUGCUUCUGCUGUAGCUCUGGUUUUGUGACAACUUUUUAUUGUUUUGUUGAUGAUGCCUUUUUUCUUUUCUUUUUUUUCUUCUUUUUUUUUCCAGUGAGGGGGAGAUGUGGAGGGAAAAAAGCUAAUCAAAAAGAAAGUUAAGACACCAGGUUUUCAGGAGGGAUUUGCUUCCAGUUCCUCUAACCACACCUUUUUGACUGUCUUCCGCUUAUCCCAGCUGCCUGGUUGCCCUAACACUUUUUAAAAGCUUUGGAUUGUGAAUUUUACCAGUAAAUGAAUACCUCUUCUGUUCUUCUCUAUUAAACAUACAAGAAGUGCUCUUUGGUGAGCAUAGACGACGUUGUUGUUGUUGGGCUGCCGCGCUCCCCGCUGCUCGGGGACCUGCCUAGCCUAUACCUGGUGGACUGCGCUCGAUAAUGUUCGAACGCAAGAGGUUGUAGCUGUGCUUAUUUCCCCACUGGGGAAGUCUAACCAGUGCAAAAGCAGCUUUUUUUUCCCCUCUUUAUUUUGAACAGAGGUGUGAAACCUCUACUGUUUGUUUUGUUUGUUAAUCAUUUCAGUACUGCAUUCUUCUGAGGGUGGAUUUGAGACAGGUGACGGAUGAAUGAGUGACUAUGAUGAUGAGGACUCUGAUGAAAAAGGAAUGGUACAUUUGGAAGUGUUUUGAGAGGAGGUUUUCUGACUGUCAGUUACUGACACUUUUUAUAUGGAAAUAUAUGAAAAAGAUUAAAAAAAAUAAUAAACUAAUA